UAUUUACCCUAAAUCCGAAGGGCGGUUUCCUGCAACCACAAGGCAUGAGUCCUGAAGCAAGCCACAAGCCGAGCCUAGCCGAGCCGAGCCGAGCCGAGCCAUAUUCUGUCCUAAUGAUCUAAGAAGAACGACAGAAAGGCCACCUAUUUUACCCACCAAAAAUAAAUAGCCAACAAAAAUAAUUAUCAAUUUACCAAUCAUUCUCUCAUCAACUCUCUUAUUAGGAAGCCAAGAAUAAAGUUAGAGAAAAGGAGAAAAAUAAUGGUAAGAGACGUCAGAGAUAGGGGACCGGACACUAAACACCACCACACCCCACAUGAGAUGAGCUCACCGUCCCCUUCCCCUUCCAUUUUUCCGGCCAUUUUUUCCGUCCACUUACCCGGAAAACCCAAAAUCUUCAUUUUCUCCGUUACCAUGAUCCCAAGCUGUUUGCCAUGAUCUAGAGAUUGAUACCAUGAUCCAAGUAAUGGACGAGACGCCACCAUGGAUCCAUCUCCUAGCCCCACCUGCUGGAAUUCAGCCCCCUUCGCCUGAAUCUGGCGCCGGGACGAAGCGUCACCACCCCAAUUUGCCGGAAUCCUCCACCGGGAGACAUGAUGAAGAUGCCGGAGAAGCGGAAACGAGCUUGUCCGAAAACAAGCGAAAGCAAAGGAAAUCGGAAACUGGAAAAGAAGCACCAAACUAUGCAAUAGAAGAUGAAGAAUCUUCGGGACUAAGGCUCCUUGGGCUCUUGUUGCAGUGUGCGGAGGCGGUAGCCAUGGACGAUUUGGACCUUGCCUCCUGCCUCUUGCCCGAGAUCACCCACUUAGCAUCGCCGUUCGGCUCGCCCGCUGUGCGAGUGGCAGCCUACUUUGCAGAUGCUUUGCAGGCGCGCCUCGUGAGCUCGUGGCUGGGUGUAUAUGCACCGGUGCCCUCGCACGCACUCGAGCGCUUCUCGCAGAGGCUCCUGCAUGCGUUCCAAGCCUACAACGCAAUUUCGCCAUUGGUGAAGUUCUCUCACUUCACGGCGAACCAGGCUAUCGUUCAGGCGGUGUCGCAGGCAUCGAGAAUUCAUAUUAUCGACCUCGACAUAAUGCAAGGCCUGCAAUGGCCGGGGCUUUUCCACCUCCUCUCUACGCGCUCCUCAAGCCCGCCGUCGGUCAGGAUAACGGGGCUCGGCUCUUGCACGCGCACACUAGCAGCCACAGGUGAUCGGCUUUCUGAAUUUGCGGGGUCGCUUGGGCUGGCGUUCGAAUACACAGGGCUAGCCUGUCGGGCAGGAGAAGUCGGGGACCUGGCACGGCUCAAGCUGCGGGCGGGAGAGACCGUCGUCGUGCACUGGCUCCACCACUGCCUGUACGAUGUCACCGGCUCCGACGCAGGGCUAUUGAAACUGCUCCAUUCCACGAAGCCAAGGCUCAUCACGAUGGUCGAACAGGACUUCAACCAUGGAGGCGGAGGUGGUUUCCUGGGCAGAUUCGUUGAGGCAUUGCAUUACUACUCCGCCUUGUUCGACGCCCUGGGUUCGAUGCAAGACAGCACGAAUCAAGACAGGCACAUUGUAGAGCAGCAGGUUUUGGGAAGAGAGAUCAAGAACAUCGUGGCGGUGGGAGGGCCGAAGAGGACCGGAGAGGUAGUGGUGGAGAGAUGGCCGGCGGAAUUGGGGAAAUUGGGGUUCCGGGGAGUGUCGCUGGCAGGGAGCGCAGCCGAUCAGGCCGGGCUUUUGCUGGGUAUGUAUCCAUGGCAGGAAGGGUACACUCUGGUGGAGGAGGGCGGUUGUUUGAGGCUGGGGUGGAAGGAUUUGCCUUUGCUCACGGCUUCAGCAUGGGAGCCUUCUCUGAAGGAUGCCCCUUUUUCUCCCUCUACUCUCACCGAAGCUACGUGAGAGUACAGUGGGGGUCUGAGAAAUGCUUGUAACGUGUUUUUUCUUUCUUUUUUUUGUUAUAAAUCUUUCAUUUUUUUUUGUUCUGGUCGAUUUUGCUCUCUCUCUCUCUCUCUCUAGAACGAGGAAGUUUAGUUUUUAAUGGAUAGAUUUCUGUUAGUUCUGAAUAGGGUGAUUAGUUUCAGGGAUAAUCCCUCUCUCUCUCUCUUUCUUAAUUGGGAGAUGAAGGGUCCCCUCUCUUCUCCCAAUCUUUCUCUCUCUACUGUCUUUGAGUUUGUGUCUUUCUCUCACAAGAUGGAAAGUCUGGUUUCCUCUCCCAGUACCCAGCUUUUGGGGGUCAACCUUUUUUUCUCUCUCUAGAUUAUGGGGGACAAAUUUCUCUCUCUCUCCGAGAUUGUAGAUUCCAUUGACAUUGACAUAGACGAGUAAAGGAAAGUAUUGUUUUGCAAGGAAGAGGUUGAGGCUAUUGUUUGUUGCUCAGAUCGAAAGGAAGGGAGCAGAGAUUAAAAGCACCUUUUAAUGAGCAAUGCUACAAACCAGUGCCAUAUUGUUGUAUUUUCAAUUUCUAUAUAUAAAAACGAGGAUUUAACUGG